AUGGGAGACAGCAUACCAACUACUGCUGGCGCCGCUGCCGACGGGCAUGCCCAAGGCAAAAAGCAAAUGAUCUUGAAUGCCUUUGUCAUGAACACUCCGGGUCAUCUCGCCCCCGGGUUCUGGCGACAUCCACGAAACAAGACCGACCAAUACACAAAGCUCUCCUUUUGGACAGAAUUAGCGCAGCUCCUCGACAAAGCAGAGUUUCAUGCCAUGUUUAUCGCUGACACGCUGGGACCCUACGACGUAUACAAGGGCCCUUCGAAUGUCGUGCCAGCUCUAGCAUCUGGCGCCCAGUUUCCAGUCAAUGACCCUCUAUAUUUGGUUCCUGCAAUGGCAGCUGUGACCAAGAAUCUCAUUUUCGGAGUCACUGCUAGCUUGACAUAUGAGAAGCCUUAUGCGCUUGCUCGGCGUCUAUCUACAGUGGAUCAUCUCAGCGAGGGCCGCGUUGCGUGGAAUAUCGUCACGUCAUACCUCGACAGUGCAGCUCGCAAUCACGGUCUGAAAGAACAAAUUCCCCACGACGAAAGAUAUGCCAUUGCACAUGAGUAUAUGGAAGUCUUGUAUAAAUUGUGGGAGGGAAGUUUCCGAGAUGACGCUGUGGUUCGAGAUCGCGAGCAUGGACACUACAUUGCCAGUGACGGCGUUCUCCAAAUUCACCACAAGGGCAAGUACUUUGAGGUGCCCGGUCCUCACUUCUGUGAGCCUUCUCCGCAGCGCACUCCAUUUCUUUUCCAAGCUGGAGUAUCCGAGGCGGGCAACGGCUUCGGAGGAAAGCACGGAGAAGCCAUCUUUGUCGGCGGCCAGACAACUGAAGGUGUUAAGAAGACAGUGGAUAACAUUCGUGAUGUAGCGGAAAAGGAAGGGAGGGAUCCGAGCCACAUUAAAGUGAUUGUGGGAAUUAAUGUUAUUGUUGCUGCAACAGACAAGGAAGCUCAGGCCAAGAAGGAGAGCUAUCUUGAAUACGCUGACCAAGAAGGAGCUUUGGCACUUUUUGGAGGGUGGACUGGAGUUGAUCUCUCUGGCUAUUCAGAUGACGAAGAUUUCCGCUUCACCGAUUCACCUAGGUUGCAGUCAAUAGUCCGGAGAUGGUCGGACACCGUCCCAGGGACCGACAAUCUCCCAUGGACCAAGAGAAGAAUUGUAGAAUAUCUCAGCAUUGGCGGCCUUGGGGCAAAGGUUGUAGGUAGUCCAACAACAGUAGCUGAUGAGCUGGAGAGGUGGAUCGAAGUGUCUGGAGUAGACGGCUUCAACCUGGCUCACGUCACAAACCCGGGUAGUUUUGAGGACAUCAUUGAGUAUCUUCUUCCAGAGUUACGGCGACGAGGAGUUUUCCGAAGUGGCGUCGAGAAAGAAGGUGCAACGGCCAGAGAAGUGUUCAUCGGAUCUAAGAGACUACCGGAGGACCAUCCAGGAAGCCAGUACAAGUGGCGAGCUGGCGAAAGCGUGCCAAAAUACCUCCAGCAACAAGCGGAGACAGCAGGUAGCAAUUAG